AUGUCCUUGUUAGAUGGAAUUGUAAUUGUGCAACCUAUACUAAGAAAAAGAUGUGAGGGCAAAUCAAAGAUAUCGUUACAAGGAUGCCUAUCACAUUUAAGAGAAAUAAACCGCAGAGCCCACCUCCAGUUCCUCCGAAAGACACUAAACCCGCUUACUAUAAAGGAGCCAGCAAGUAUCUCUAGACCUGCUGCUGUAGAAGAAAGAGUCGCUGUACAGAAAGAAAAGAACUUUGCUCGCAAAUUCCGGCUUGUCAUAUCCAUGAUGGUAGCUUCUUAUAUGAGUUACGUUUUUUUCUUUGCUUGUGGUUCGCCUUACGAUCACGAUCCCAACAAAAAGGCUAUCUGUCGAGCCAUUGAUCCUUUCAAAGAAGAUCUUUACUCUAUUUUUCAGACCGACUUUUACAAAAAGAAGGUAGAUCCUUAUGUAUCACCUAUUACCAGGCAAGCUUCUGGCGUUUUCAAUGACUAUGCUGUUCCUGCUUAUCAAAAGGGUGCUCAGGCCUAUAAUGAUUAUGGCGUUCCUCUGUACAACUCUUACGGCAAACCUCUUGUUGGUGCCGGUUCCAACGCUGCCAAAUCCUUUUAUUCUAGCAGCAUUCAUCCUAUUGUCAACCCUCAUGUUGAAAAAGCCAUGACACAAGCUCAGAAAGCGAGAGAACAAGUGGCUCCCUAUGUCCAACCCGUUGUGCAAAAGGCAUUCAUCGCUGGUGAAUAUGCCAGAAAGGCGUGGGAGAACCCUCCUCCUUCUGUUGCCACAGGUAGACGCUCUGUUGCCAAAAUAGUGGGUCAAAUUCGUCGUCGUGCUCAAUACAAGAAUGUUGAACCUACCGUCAAGGAUGGUUACAGAAGAUCAGUCCAAUUCGCUUAUUUGUUGGCUGAUUUCUUCCAAAAGUACAUCGCUCCUUACUUCCCCAGCAAGCAAGCCAAGGCACUUUAUGACCAACAUGCCAAGUCCUACGUCGAUCAAUUGAACCAAAAGGUCCACUUUGAUCGUUUUUGGAUGAAAUUUAUCGCCAAUUUGCCCGAAAGACCUGAAGCUUAUGCUGAAGAUGCUACGGCUGCUGAAGCUAUCCGUCAAAUGUUUAUUCCCUCUGAUGCUCCUGUUGACGAAGACAAGGAAUCUGUUGCUGAUAAGAUUAAGAAUUUCUUUGAGGAGCCUAAAGCCACUGUUGCUAAAGGGGCAGAAGCAAAUGAUGACGACACUAUUCGCGAGAACGAAAAAUCUGCUUCUCCUGAAGCGACUCACUAA